GCAAGUUGUAAAUAUGCUAGUUCAAAGUGUGAGAAAGUAAGCAUUAGGGAGACCUCACACAGACCGCAGGAUGGGCGUUGGUAACCGCUAGGAGAGCAGCGUUGCCUCGCCGGUCCUAUCCAAGUAGUAAUCGCGAGGAGAGCAGCGUUGCCUCGUCCUACCCACCCCUGUCUACCGCUUAACUUCCACUCCGCCUCCCAGCUCCAUCUCAACCAAUGAGGGCGCUCGCUCUUUAAAGCUCCACCUCCCCUCCCUCUACAACCAGUAGCACCGCUUCCCGCUGCUCUUCAGCAGCCAAUGGUCGGCCCCUCUGCCCCCAGCGCUUCUCUUCGGUAUAAAGUCUGCAGCGACCGCGACUCUUGCUACAUUAUCUAUUUGGUGACUAACGAGAGCACAGCCAUGGUAACGUCUCCUCCAAACGUGUCUGGUGUUGGUGCCAAGUUUACUCCUGGUGCUCUGGGUUCUGCUUUUACUCCGUUGUCUAGAGUGCCACCGCCCUUCCCUUUGCUGCAGACGCUGCCGUUUCUGCCACCCAUGGGAGCCACUAGUGCCAAACAGCCGACGGCGCCCCUGGGACUUGACCCUCGAGUGAUGGGGAUGCUACAGAGCUAUGGCUCACUGGGUCAGCUGCCGUGGGCGGCUCUGGGUGCCAGAGACCUGGCCCUCAACCGUCUCCUCUUGACUCCUGGAGGACGCCUCAGUCGACCCAAGAAACGCUACAUCUGCAAGUAUUGUCAACGAGAGUUUACCAAGAGCUACAACCUGCUGAUCCACGAGAGAACACACACGGACGAGCGGCCCUUUCCCUGCGACAUCUGCGGCAAGGCCUUCAGGAGACAAGACCAUCUCCGUGACCACAAGUACAUCCACAGUAAGGAGAAGCCCUUCAGGUGUGAGGUGUGUGGCAAGGGUUUCUGCCAGGCGCGCACUCUGGCUGUCCACAAGGCUCAACACGCCCAUGACGCCCUUCCACCCACGCCCAUCCUCACGCCCUCCACAACUCGCACAUCGCCCUCCUUAUCCAAUUGUGAGAGCGGAGACACUGACGAGGUGGUUGAUGUGCUUCACUGUGACGAUGACGACGACGUGAUGCAAACGGUUACGGAAGAGGACGAGGACUUGCCUGAAGUGGUGGCGCCGCCCAAGAAGCUGGGAUUCUCCAUCGCCGACAUCAUGAGCAGAUAAAACUCAGCAAACUGCAUAUUUCAGUGCCUUACUGUUCUUUUAAAGCUUUAAUAACAUGUUGUAUAUACUGUAUAUAUAUUUAUUAAAAUGUUUUGCUUAUAAGAAUGUCUGUCAAUACCCUUCCCCUCUACACGUUAACACUGCUCACUGCAAUAAUUUUAACUACCAGCUUGCAAUAAAAUACUCAAUGCUAUUUUAAAAGGACUGGAAUAAUAAUUUAACCAAUAUCUAAAUACUAUUUUAAAAGGACUAGUAAUGUAUAAUACUGUAGCCACCAACUUGCAACAAAAUACUAUUUUAAAGGGACUAGCAUAAUUUAACCAGCUUGCAAUCAAAUACUCAAGACUACUAUAAAUGGGCUAACACAUAACAGUCCGCGGGCAAGACUGGAACAAAAACAUAACUGUUACCUGCAUGAGGUAGAGAGCUUACGGCAAGGUCAUAAAAAAGUGACCACUUCAUGAAAAUUAGCAUACUUCAACCCUUAUGUUUACAAAAUGUUUACACUGAGCACUUCGAGGUAUAACCGAAUGAAAAUUAGGAGAAUACCCUAAUAUAUGUUAAUGUCUAAAUAUAUGAAGACUAAAAAUGAUUAGGGAAGGGAAGCACUAAGCCCGUAAGGGUCACAAGGCUUAUGUCUAAUAAUGAAGACAGUAAACACCGGCUGUAUUUAUGCGUUAUCUGGCUCCCAAAAU